AUGAUCAAACCCUCCCUCCGAGCACAAUCUGUGCAAUUCUCGUUAUGCAUUACUGGAGGGGCUUUUUUGAUUUGGACCUUAUGGUCCAUCUAUAAUACCACACAAAAUUCUCAUGGUGCUCAACGAGUUCAAAAUAGCUAUAAUGCCGUGAGAAAUGACACCUUGGGGUUUGAGAAAGUUUUUGCCAUAAAUCUUCCCAGUCGGCCCGACAAGAAAGAUAACAUAAUCCUGGGUUCCUCCGUCAGCGGAUUUCAUGUUGAUUGGAUUGAGGGAGUUGCCCCAGAGGAUAUCAGCACCAAGUCUUUACCCUAUAACUGGAACCAUGCUCAUCUGCUUACUGAAUACGCUCGCCGACGGGCACAUUUGAACGUAAUUCAACGCGUAAUCGAAAACAGAUUGAGUAGCGCAAUAAUCAUGGAGGAUGAUACGGACUGGGACAUAUUGAUUAAGACUCAGCUUCAAAACUUUGCAGUUGCACUUGGAGGUCUCCAGGGCAGCCCCGAUACUGAAACCGCUUCCCCAUACGGUGACGACUGGGAUAUUCUCUGGUUAGGCCAUUGCGGAGUACAAUGUAAAACCCAGGAACCGUCACACCUUACUCCGAAUGACCCUACGGUUCCAGCUUCCCGUCACUUUCUUCCAUACUUGCGUGAAAGUCCCCCAAUUGAGCGACCUGAGCAUGCUCGCCUAACGUGCACUGCCCGUGAUAUUGCUUGUGGUAGCUUUUAUGCUGUAAGCUAUCGAGGAGCUCAAAAAAUACUUGCCGCGUUGUCAGUAAGCCCGCUGGGAUUGGCAGAGGAGAUUGAUAUUGGUGGUCAAAUUGAUUUAUCACUCGGUCGCUUAUGUGGCCACGGAUACUUGCAAUGCUAUGCAACAUAUCCUGCAAUUACUGGUAAAUAUCGAGCAGCUGGUGUCGCUGGAAAGGCUUCGGAUGUGCACAACGGGACGAGAAAAGCAAGUGGAUUUGCAACCUGGGGCGUGAUGUAUAGUGUAAUGCUCAACAUCCAACGGCUCGUUACGGAGGACACUACCGUGCGUGCUACAUGGCAAGAUGUUCCUGUGCCAGAGAUUAGUCUUGGGGAAGUAGAAAUACAGGAAGAAAAGGCCAGGGUACAAGAGAUAGCGACGCACCAAGGUUUCUUAUCAUACUCCGCAAAUGAAAACAGAAGAGAAGAAAUUUGA